UUGUCGUUGUCGUCAGUCUCUGAUCCUGAUGAUGAGCCAGAAUUUGUGGCCGAACACCGUCUAGUCAUCCCGCUUGACGAAGAAGAGGCAGAGGAUAAAUACGAAGGGGGCUUUGACAUUAAACUCCCUCCGAUGGUACAUUUGGAUGCAAGUCUAGUUGACGAGUCCGAAGCUGUGGACACUACAGACCGCGAUCGGGCCCUGGCUGACCUGGACUCUGAACGGAAGCUUCGUCGCAAACUUGAGCUUGAACUGUCAGAGUUUAAGUUUAAAUACCAAGUAGCAAGCGAUGAUGCUGUUCGGCUGCGCGAAGAAUUAGCCAGCGUGCGCGCCGUGAUGUUCGCACUCCAAACUUCCAGGGACCACUCGGAUAAAUUCGCUUCUGGAUCCACGUCGGAUCUUGAAGGACUCCCCGAUCCCAAACGUCCAAAAAUUCUGUCUGGGAGCUAUGAACUCAUCAAAUCGAUGCUUCUCUCGCCGACGGGACGCUGUCGUGUCGUCGCAGCUUGUGAUUACAUAAACCUCCUUUGCGUCUCCCAGCCUUCCAGUAAUCCUCUUUUCAAGGGUUUUGGUUUUCGGAAGGUACACACCGGUGAACUGCGUCCACUCAAGUAUAUCCACUUGCACUCACAGCCCAUUCGGGAUCUCGCCCUGCAUCCCGAAUUAGAGGAUGGCAUAGUCGCCUCCGCGAGCAUGGACAAGUCGCUCAAACUCACCAGUCUGCUCGUUGAUCAGGUAAGUGAUCCUUCCUGCAAGAGUUUUGUUACCCUUCUGACGUUAGACGGACACUUUUCCCCUUUAUCCUAUCUUAUGGGUCCUCACUCGAAGGUGCGCAAACUUUACGUGUCAUGUAAUACAGUAGUCGCCGGUUAUUAA